UUGCUUUUUUUCAGCAAUCCAACAUAUUUGCAAAAGCAAGCAAAAAGCCAAAAAAUGGCUUUUUCACGCCUCUCAUUUGCUGCUUCUCUCGUUGUCUUCUCAUCUCUAAUCAUAUCCUCAGUUGCUUAUUACGGCGAUGAAGCCGACCCCGAGACCGGAAAAUUAAUUCCGGUUGCAGUUGAAGGUGUCAUCAUGUGCAAGUCUGGUGACAAAUCUUACCCAAUUCAAGGUGCUACGGCGAGAAUUUCAUGUGUGAAGACAGACGUGUAUGGCAAAGAGAUAGUUCCAAUCUCAAUAAUGAGCAGCAAAACUGAUUCUAAAGGUUACUUCUUCGCCACGCUAUUCCCUUCAGAGCUUCGUGCAGGAAAGAUGGUGACCAAAUGCAAAGCUUUCCUUUACCAAUCUCCAAUCGAAGAUUGCGAUUUCCCGACCGAUGUGAACAGAGGUGUGAGAGGACAGUCAUUGACCAAGUACCGUGUUCUUGAAGACAAGAGUUUCAAGCUUUACUGGGCUGGUCCUUUCUUCUAUACCUCUGAACCUACUUACUACUAA